CAGGCGCUGCUGGAGCAGCCGCUCCUGGUGCUGCGGCGGGCGCGGCAGCUGCGGCCGCGGGCGCAGCUGGAGCUGAGGGCGCAGCCGCAGGCGGAGCUGCCGCUGGAUGCGUUGCUGGAGGAGCUCCUGUCGGCGGCGGGGGCGGCUGCG